AUGUCACUUCAUCCCUUUGACCCGUUGACCCCAGAUGAGAUUCGCCUGGCGGUGAGGGUCCUUGAGGCCUCAUUUCCUGGCGUUCCUCUUCGCCACAAGGUCAUCGAGGUCCAGGAGCCCAUCAAGAGGGAUACCGUGCCUUACCUCGAGGCUGAGCGCCUAGGCCACCUCCUCCCUGCGAAACCAGCUCGUAUUCUUACGGCGUUAUUCCACCGUAUGGACACAAAAGUGUUUCUAAAGGCCCUAAUUAAUGCGGAUAAAAAAUCUCUUCUACAAUGCAAGGAACUUCCAAAUGGCGUCCAGGGUCCCACUGAUGUCGAUGAAAUGAUCGAAAUGGAGAAAGUAUGCAAUGAUCACCCUGCUGUUAAGGCUGAAAUUGCGAAGAUGAAUCUGCCCCCCAAUAUUAUUGUCUGCAAUGACCCCUGGAUUUAUGGCACCGACAACCAGGCCGAGACACGUCGUUUAUUCCAGCAUUAUAUGUACAUCUGUGAAACAGAUCACCCGCAGACCAAUCAUUAUUCCCUCCCAUGCACAUUCUCUCCAGUCUUCGACGGCACUACCAAAGAACUUGUCCGCAUGGACUACCUUCCAACAGGCACUGAUCACACUACGUCACCCACCAAACCAUGGAAGCAAGUCAAGACUGUUCAGUACGCGCAUGAUCUUCUGGAAGAGCCACUUCGAACGGACUUAAAGCCGUACAUCGUCCAGCAGCCAGAAGGGCCUUCUUUCAAGGUCAAUGGAAACCAUGUCUAUUGGCAGAAGUGGAGAUUCAGAGUUGGGUUUAACUACCGUGACGGCCUAGUGAUUUACAAUACGACAUACGACGGUCGCAACGUCUUCUAUCGGCUAUCCCUGUGUGAGAUGACUGUUCCCUAUGGUGAUCCACGCGCUCCUUAUCACCGCAAACAAGCGUUUGACGUUGGAGAUGUCGGUUUUGGAAAUACAGCCAACCAACUCUCCCUCGGAUGCGAUUGUCUCGGUCAUAUCAAAUACUUCGAUGGGUUCAGGACUGACUCCAAAGGAAACCCUGUCCACCUUAAGAAUGUGAUCUGUUUGCACGAACAAGACGCUGGUCUGCAACACAAACACACCAACUACAGAACAAAUGCCGCUACGGUAGUCCGCAACAGACAACUUGUUGUUCAAAUGAUCUGCACUGUGUCUAACUACGAGUAUAUCUUUGCCUGGAUCUUCGAUCAAGCCGGUGGCAUUGAGCUUGAGGUUCGCGCAACUGGUAUCCUCUCCACUAUGCCCAUUGACAACGCAGAUGGCACCAAAGUACCAUGGGGAACCAAUGUUGGUCCCGGUGUCAUGGCUGGAUACCAUCAACAUGUUUUCAGCAUGCGUGUUGAUCCCGCUAUCGAUGGUCAUAACAACACUGUUGUCUACCAAGAUAGUGUCCCGCUUCCUGAUGAACCAACAAUGAACCCAUACGGUGUCGGCUACAUCCAGGAUACCACUGUUCUCAAGACAUCCGGUACGGCUGAGCUCAGCAUUGAAAAAGCACGCUCGUUCAAGAUCAGAAAUGACAAUGUGAUUAAUCCAACCUCUGGAAACCCUGUUGCUUAUAAACUUGGUGCCAUGCCUACUCAGCUUAUGAUCAUGUCAGAACGAAGCUUCAACCGUCGCCGCGCAGUGUUUGCCACAAAACCCAUCUGGGUUACCAAGUAUCAAGACGGGGAGCUGUAUUCGGCUGGUGAAUUCACCAAUCAAAGCAAGCAGUCGACUGGCGUGGAAGUAUGGACUGCACGCAAUGACAAUAUUGAGAACACAGAUAUUGUCUUGUGGCAUUCGUUCGCAUUAACACACAAUCCACGGCCAGAGGACUUCCCUGUCAUGCCUGUCGAGAGAAUCAAUAUUACCCUUAGGCCCGACGGAUUUUUCGAAAAGAAUCCAGCACUGGAUGUCCCACCAUCAUCUCAGACAUUUAAUAAGUCCUCAUUACAUGAGGAUACCGCACAAGGAUGUGGUGGAUGCCCGGGAAGCUCGAAGCUGUGA